CUACGAUGCCUCGCCACGUCGUCACUUCUACUACUUGCCAUCAUUGUUCCUUUUGCCACGAACGUACUACUUGGUUCCAUGCGCCCCUCCACGUUCUCCCUUCUCAGCGUCGUGUCGGUCGUUGUGCUCGCGCAUUCAUGGCUCGAAUGCACCAACUACGACCUCCAAGGCCCGACGAACCAUCUGUACUGGAACAAGUCGGCUUGUGCUGGCCUCGCACGCUGCGGGGCUCGCCAGGCGCAGGAGGGCUUUGGCGUGGAUACGGGGUUUGAUUUCCGUCCGGAGGUGGCCAAGCGCACGUGCCAGUGCGCCGCCGCCGGGGCGUACGACACCCCCGGGGCUCGCAUGGCGACUUACACCCCCGGCCAAAAGGUGUGUUUGGCGUAUCCGGCCAAGAACCACGUCGCAGAUGUCUGCACCAACGAGUACAUCCCGGACACCGGCGUGCGCAUCUUUCGGACCCAGACGUGGCCAUCGACGGCCGUCAACGUGACCGACCCGCCGCUGCGCCAGUGGCCGGUGGAAUACGCCCAAGCCAACGGCGCCCACGUCGCAGGACAUGUCGAUUACAAGGGGUUCCAGAACUGCCCCAAGUUUUGCGAAGACAAGGGGCGGGCGCUGUGCACCAUGUGCUUUCAACUGGAGAAGGACAUUUCCCCUGGCAAGUACACGUUCCAGUGGCAAUGGAUGUUCAACUCGAUCAACGAUGUUUACGGCAGUUGCUGGGAAGCGAAUGUCGUGUAA